CCACCGCCCAUCUUUUUGCUCUUCAAUUGCUCCAGAAGACAAUUGCAACCUCCCGUCAUGGCAAAGAAGAAGAGUAAGGGUCAGAAUGAGGGCGAAAACACAGAAAGCGCAAUUCCCCCAAGUCCUUCUCCAACUCCAUCAACAUCGAAGCCGAAACAGGCGAAGCUGCCGCAACCCUCGACGUCUGCGUUGAUCAUAUGUCGUAACAAACACUGGCGAUAUAUUUCAUCCUUCCACGGUCCAUGGUUACAGUUGCCCCCGGAAGUUCUCGAGAGUCUGGCGAAUAACAAUUACAAUCUCCCGCGCCCUCGUCCCAUCGAUCCCGCUGUGUUCUUCGACCUUCUCAAAAUUCGACAACUUGUGGACGAUGCCACGAAUCUUGCUGUACGGGCAGCAAGUGGUGUCACUUCCUCCUCUCUCAACAACUCUCUCAAUGCGGGGAAUGGUCUCCUAGGUAAUAGCGGGGCCGCAUUAGGACUUGGGCUGGGUGGUGGAGGUGGAAAUGCCAAAUUGAGUAGAGAACGAAAGCAUCGUAUGCGGGAGCAAGCUACGCAGAAGUUGUCGAAAGCAUAUCAUCUAGAUGAGAUUGCAUGUAGCGUUGCGACCAUGCAAUCUGCCUCGACUUUAGAAGACGUAGCUCAGCUUGUCCUCCAGAGAUCUCCGCUCGAUGCGGACGCGAAAUAUGUCCAUUUCUUCCAUGAAAAGAUACCUUCGCGGCAAUUGGCAGAAUGCACUAGUCUUCAACCUCUCGACGAAGUCAUCGCUGAACGACCCAGCGAAGGUGAGAUCUUGCGGACUCGAGCUGUGACGAAGAUCUUCAAGGAAGAUUUUGUUGGAGCCGCCCAAGAUUUAACCACAGCUCUGCAAGUGUGCAGAUACUAUCAAGGCCAGCACAAAGCAGGACGUCAGCAGCUACAACUAGCAAGUGAAGCCGCUGCCGAAGCUCAGCGCAAUAGUAGAUGGAAAGAGGAGAUCAAGUUAGAUGAAGAGGAUCAUCCAAGCAGUUUAGAGACCCAACUUCUCUUUCACCGAGCUGGAGUAUACCUUACUAUUGCUUGUCAACACGUCAAUGACGCUUUACCAACUAAGCCCUCUCAAAACGGUCUCAAUGGUGUCAAGCCACAUCCAAAUGGCAACGCCGAUCAAGCAGGAGAUCCAACCGAGAUGACCCCUGCUGAGAAGGAGGCGCAUCGGAAACGUCUCGAGGCUAGGAAGAUCGUCAAGACGAAUGCCAAGAGAGCAUUAAGAGAUUAUGUUGCGUAUCUAUCUCACUUCGACUACACGCCUGGCCUACCGGCUGAGAUUACAGAAGAAUUUGUCCGCAAAGUAAAUCAAGCGGCCAAUGGCUUCAAGAUCCCACGUCCCCAGAACUAUAGUAGAAAUCUUGAUCUUGAGAGCAAUGCCUCGCUAAGUAAUGGCCAGCUCUCAGAUGCACUCAUCCCUCAUAACGGCAGUCACAACAGUCGUGGUCGGCCGCAGUCAGGCACAGGCCGAAAUACCGAAAUCCCAAGCCUUCCUCCACCUGUCGUUCACCAAAUGUCAGCCUUGUUCUCUGCUACGCCUCCCGCUGACCUCCCUCCUUAUCCAGAGACAUCUACUAGUCUCACCACCAAGCAACAGAUGCAAGCAGCUCAGAGUGAUGCAGCUAAAGCUAUUCUUGCUCAGACGGAUUGUCACGAGGCUCUUACUUACCAUCCACUUCUUACUGAUGCUCUUCAUUCCUUGCUUCUCUGUCACUGUUUAGUCCAGACAUCGGCUCGUGAGCUUCAACGCCAUGCUCAUAUGGUAGCUAGGCUCGCUCGAGUCUGUGAUGGCUAUCCAAUCUUUCAGGCGGCUCGUUCCCCUAGUCGAGCUGAUUGGAUUGAGGUUGUCCGUCGUGCAGAUAAUUGGAUCCAGCUCGAGCAGUCAUGGGAAUCCCUUUGCGCACCAGCUCCUCUGCCCGGGCAGGCGGCUCCAAACCAACAAAAAGAGACACCUGCUGAGAAAAGAGAGCGACUUAAGCAGCAAGCUAUCAUGGAGGCCUUAGAAGAUGAUAGAGUCCAUGAUGAAGCAAGCUUUCAUGCGGCUGUCGCAGCUAGACAACGCCGACAAGAAGAGGAGGCUCGCAAGGCAGAGGGCAGAGAAAUGCCAAAGCGCUGGGCACAGGAAGAUGGGAAGGAGUAUCCUAUCAGCACCGAGAGAGCCCAAGCUAUUGUUCGCUGGAUUAGAGAAGCACCACUUGGUAGCGAAGCAGGGGGCCCUCGCAAAAGGAAGAAGAGCACAAAGCCAGGAGCAAAAGGAAAGGGUAAAACUGGUCUUGAGGAGUCAAUGACCGGAUUGGAUGUUGAGGAUAGUGAGAAAUUCGAGCCAGUUGAGGAAGAGGUCGAUUGAUCUCGAAAUUCUUGUGUACAAAUUCUGAUUAGAUAGAUAUGACAGCAAUGAACGCGCCG